AUGAACACGACCAGCGCGGAGGUCAUGGACCGAGACCGAGACAUUGCCAUUGCGACUGCGACAGCUCCACCUUCAGCUACCAGUCCACUCCGAGGUGUCAAGCGCACAGCAGACGACUCGUUCGAUGAUGACCACCGCUUUGCGAAACGCUUCAAUUUGCUCAAUCUAGGUAUAUCCUCCCGCAUCGUUCCUUCCCAUCAACAAUGCGCUGACACCUGCCUCCUCCGUCCAGCCAAUGGCCAUGACAAGCUCUACAUCCCUGUCACGUCCAGGCCGCAACUCCAAAGUAGCCUGCCUCGACCUCCCGAAGACGAGCACAUGCAGCUAGAUGACACAAAACACCGCGUAUAUAUCCACAAUCUCGAUGACGAGCUCGCCGACAUCGAGUCAGACGAGGAGAAACUCAUCUUCCUCCCAGAUAUUGAGAAGAAGCUCAAUGCUAUACCCAAGCAUAUUUUAAUGGGAGAGAAAAAAGACACACAUCAAGAACUCGUUCUCUACAGUCUCCCGCCCUCACUGUCUGUGCCUAUCGAGCAGGACAACGUGCGGAAAGCUAUACUCGAAGCUCGCCAACGUGCAAAAGAGAAGGCUAUAAAUACAGUCGCAUUGUCAUCUGGCACAGCUGACGGGACGCCGCCAGAAGAGCAGAUCGAAACUGCUCACGGCUACGACUCUCCAGACUAUGGCCUGGAUGAAGACACAAAUGACAUGGACGAGGAUGGCGAUGCGAUGGAUCUUUCGUAG